AUGCCUAUCUCUAAGAUCCACGCACGCUCCGUCUACGACUCACGUGGCAACCCCACCGUUGAGGUUGAUGUUGUCACUGAGACUGGCCUGCACCGUGCCAUUGUUCCCUCCGGAGCUUCCACUGGUCAGCACGAGGCUCACGAGCUCCGUGACGGUGACAAGGCCCGCUGGGGUGGAAAGGGUGUUCUGAAGGCCGUCAAGAACGUCAACGAGACCAUUGGCCCUGCCCUUAUCAAGGAGAGCCUUGAUGUGAAGGACCAAUCCAAGGUUGACGAAUUCCUCAACAAGCUUGAUGGAACCGCCAACAAGGCCAACCUCGGUGCUAACGCUAUCUUGGGUGUCAGCUUGGCCAUUGCUAAGGCCGGUGCUGCCGAAAAGGGUGUUCCCCUCUAUGCUCACAUUUCCGACCUGGCGGGCACCAAGAAGCCCUACGUUCUGCCCGUUCCCUUCCAGAACGUUCUGAACGGUGGUUCCCACGCUGGUGGCCGUUUGGCCUUUCAGGAGUUCAUGAUCGUCCCUGACACUGCCCCCUCUUUCUCUGAGGCUCUCCGCCAAGGAGCUGAGGUCUACCAGAAGCUUAAGGCUUUGGCCAAGAAGAAGUACGGCCAGUCUGCCGGCAAUGUCGGUGACGAGGGUGGUGUUGCCCCCGAUAUCCAGACUCCCGAGGAGGCUCUUGACUUGAUCACCGAGGCCAUUGAACAGGCCGGAUACACUGGCCAGAUUCACAUUGCCAUGGACGUUGCAUCUAGCGAGUUCUACAAGGCCGAUGCUAAGAAGUACGAUCUUGACUUCAAGAACCCCGACAGCGACUCCUCCAAGUGGCUUACUUACGAGCAACUGGCCGACCUGUACAAGUCGUUGGCCAGCAAGUACCCCAUUGUCAGCAUUGAAGACCCCUUCGCUGAGGAUGACUGGGAGGCCUGGAGCUACUUCUACAAGACCUCUGACUUCCAGAUUGUUGGUGAUGACCUGACAGUCACCAACCCCCAACGGAUCAAGAAGGCUAUUGAGCUCAAAUCUUGCAACGCUCUUCUCCUCAAGGUCAACCAGAUCGGAACCCUCACCGAGUCUAUCCAAGCCGCCAAGGACUCUUACGCCGACAGCUGGGGUGUCAUGGUGUCCCACCGCUCUGGUGAGACCGAGGACGUCACCAUUGCCGACAUCGCCGUUGGUCUGCGCUCCGGUCAGAUCAAGACCGGCGCUCCUGCUCGAUCCGAGCGUCUGGCUAAGCUGAACCAGAUUCUCCGUAUUGAGGAAGAGCUUGGUGACAGUGUCGUCUAUGCUGGCCAGAAGUUCCGCACCGCGGUCAACCUGUAA